AUGGCGACAGAAAACGGAACAGUGGAGCUGGGAAUCCAGAGCCCAUCAACAGACAAGGCACCUAAAGGUACAGCAGGUGAAGGACCUCUGGCUGCAGAGAAAGCGUCUGGUCCACCAGAUCCAAAGAAAGAGCCUGAUCCACCCACCCUGAAGAAAGACGACAAAGCUGCCGCCCUAAAGAAAGAGGAUGGUGCCCUGGCCCAACCCUCCACCGGCAGCGAGGGCCCCAAGGGAGAAGGCGACCUGGGUGGGGGCCCUGCGGAGGGCAGUGCUGGGCCGCCAGCAGCCCUGCCCCAGCAGACCGCGACAGCCGAGGCCAGCGUCAAGAAGCCCAAUGCCAAGCAGGAGGCCUCGGGCGGCCAGGGCCCCGGAGAGCCCAAGGUUCACAAGAAGGCAGUGGAGGGCCAAGCAGGGGCCAGGAGGGGCUCGCCCGCCUUUCUGCACAGCCCCAGCUGCCCCGCUAUUAUCUCUAGACCUGAGAAGCUGCCAGCUGAGAAACCUCUGAGUGAGGCAUCGGAGCUUAUCUUUGAAGGGGUGCCUGUGACCCCCAGCCCCACAGAUCCCGGGCCCGCCAAGGCAGCAGAAGGAGGGAAGAACAUCCUGGCAGACAGCCAGAAGGAAGCAGGAGAGAAGGCUCCAGGCCAGGCUGGCCAGGCUAAGGUGCAAGGGGACACCUCGAGGGGGAUCGAGUUCCAGGCUCUUCCCUCGGAGAAAUCGGAGGUGGGGCAGGCCCUCUGUCUCACAGCCAGGGAGGAGGACUGCUUCCAGAUUUUGGAUGAUUGUCCGCCACCCCCAGCCCCCUUUCCCCACCGCAUCGUGGAGCUGAGGCCCGGGAACGUCAGCAGUCAAUUCAGCAUGAACUCCAAGGAGGCACUGGGCGGUGGCAAGUUUGGAGCAGUCUGUACCUGCACAGAGAAAGCCACAGGCCUCAAGUUGGCAGCCAAGGUCAUCAAGAAACAGACACCCAAAGACAAGGAAAUGGUGAAGCUUGAGAUCGAGGUGAUGAACCAGCUGAACCACCGCAACCUGAUCCAGCUCUAUGCGGCCAUCGAGACCUCGCACGAGAUAGUCCUGUUCAUGGAGUACAUCGAGGGCGGCGAGCUCUUCGAGAGGAUUGUGGAUGAGGACUAUCAGCUGACUGAGGUGGACACCAUGGUGUUUGUCAGGCAGAUCUGCGACGGGAUCCUCUUCAUGCACAAGAUGUGGGUUCUGCACCUGGACCUCAAGCCAGAGAACAUCCUGUGCGUCAACACCACGGGCCAUUUGGUGAAGAUCAUUGACUUUGGCCUGGCACGGAGGUAUAAUCCCAAUGAGAAGCUGAAGGUGAAUUUUGGGACCCCAGAGUUUCUGUCACCUGAAGUGGUGAAUUAUGACCAAAUCUCCGAUAAGACAGACAUGUGGAGUAUGGGGGUCAUCACCUAUAUGCUGCUGAGCGGCCUCUCGCCCUUCCUGGGAGACGAUGACACGGAGACCCUGAACAACGUCCUCUGCGCUGACUGGAGCUUUGACGGCGAAACCUUUGAGGCUGUGUCUGACGAGGCCAAAGACUUCGUCUCCAGCCUCCUUGUCAAGGACCAGACGGCCCGGAUGAGCGCUGCCCAGUGCCUUGCCCACCCCUGGCUUAACAACCUGGCAGAGAAAGCCAAGCGCUGUAACCGACGCCUUAAGUCCCAGAUCUUGCUUAAGAAAUACCUCAUGAAGAGGCGCUGGAAGAAAAACUUCAUUGCUGUCAGUGCUGCAAACCGCUUCAAGAAGAUCAGCAGCUCGGGGGCACUCAUGGCUCUGGGGGUCUGA